GUGAGCUAACGAAGCAACGUUAGCUCGAUGGGAUAAGUCCCGACAGAAAUAUGACUUAAAGUUUGCGUUAAAUAUGUAAUUGAUGUCUCAGACUCUGUCCUGGGACGUUUUCGGUAAACUAUUACGUUAACCUAUUUAUUGAAAACAGCUGGGAUUAUUCGUUUGCAGUUCAUAAUGUAAUUAACAAUCAUUUACAGACGGGACUAUUAGCAUCCGUGGAGCUAACGCAGCUAACAGCAACGAGUUAGUUUCCGAGGUUAAAGCUUUUAAAAGAUCAUGGUUUAGAGCUACAAGACGAAUCCGCACGGGUUUGUGAGACUAUGUGGAGAAGACCACGUCCUCUGUGGACACCUCCUCUGACCAUGUUGUCCAGCUGAGGACCGAGAGACUAGGGACAAAGUGGACCCAGAAGUGUUGACCAAGUUUCAGAAACCUGGAUGUACUACAACAUGUGAAAGUUGUAAACAAGGAUCGUGAAAAGGGGGAAUCCCAGGGGGAGCCAGGAUGUCCGAGACGAUGAAGGUCGAAGCUGAUGAACCUGGAGGGUUCAGCUUGGAUCCUCCCAUACCUGCAGCAUCCACAUCAGGACACAAGGAGGAAACACAAGACAGCAAAGAUCUCAUCUAUCAGAUAUUGGUGAUUAAAGAAGAGGUUCCUCAUGACUGGAGCUCCUCUUUGGACCAGCAUGGCCCAGAGCCCCCCCACAUAAAGGAGGAAGAGGAGGAACAGUGGAUCAGUCAGGAGGAAGAACAGUUUGCUGUGAAGGAUGAAGAAGAAGAGAAACCUAAGUUAUCAGAGCCUAAGCAAAUUAAAACUGAAGAUAACAGGCAGAUAGUAGCUCCAACCAGCAGCUCAGCUGGACAGAUAAAAACAGAACCUGAUGGAGAGGUCAGAGGAGAACCAGAACCAGAUAAUUACUUAGAACCUUUAUGUGCUUCUCAAGAAAGUCACACAAUAGUUUACAACAUAGGUAAGACAUCUAAUCCACUUUCCAAACUCACAUCUAAGAUAGAAGCACAUACUGAAGAGAAGCCAUUUGGUUGCAAAAUUUGUGGAAAAUGGUUCAAAUGUCAAACUUCUACUGAAAUACACAUGUUGACACACAAUGGGAAGAGAGAACAUAGCUGUGACCUUUGUGGUAAAGUAUUUAAAAAGAAGAGUUCUCUUCAGACACACAUGAGAGUCCACACUGGUGAGAGACCAUUUGCCUGUGCUGAUUGUGGUAGAAGAUUUCAUAGAAAGGCGAUUCUUAAAAGUCACUUGGAGGUCCAUUCAGGGGAAAAGUCUUUUUCCUGUGAUGUUUGUGGUUCAGGGUUUAAAAGAAAAGAAACCCUUAAAAAGCACAUGUGGAUCCACUCUGCAGAGAAACCAUUUGUUUGUAGUGUUUGCAGUAAAGGAUUUUCACGACAAAAUCAUCUCAAAAGUCACAUGUGUGUUCACACAGGGGAGAAACCGUUUAUUUGCAGUGUUUGUAGUACAGGAUUUGCAUUACAGCAGAGUCUAAAGACUCACAUGCUUGUUCACACAGGUGAGAAACCCUUUAUUUGCAGUUUUUGUAGCAAAGCAUUUUCCCUACAGAGUCAUCUAAAAAGUCACAUGCGUGUUCACACAGGAGAGAAACCGUUUGUUUGUAGUGUUUGCAAUAAAGGAUUUUCACUGCAAGAGAAUCUGAAGAGGCACAUGCGUGUUCACACUGGGGAGAAACCAUUCAUUUGUAGUUUUUGUUGCAAAGGAUUCUCACAACAAAACCAUCUAGAAAGUCACAUGCGUGUUCACACAGGGGAUAAACCAUUUAUUUGUAGUGUUUGCAGUCAAGGAUUUUCACGACAAGCUUAUCUGAAAAACCACAUGGAUGUUCACACUCCACAAGUUGAAGUAAGUUGACCUGUUACAGAUAAAAUACAGUUAAAGACCUUAUCUGACCACUAUGCACUUUUCAAUGUUUUGUAUAUUGUUGACUGAUUUUGAUGUAGCUAAAUUCUUGCCUGAGGUUCACACUGGGAGGAGGCAGCAUAACCAGAGGAACAGAGUUUGACUGUUACCUUGGACGUUAACUGGCUUUCUGCUACAACAUAGGUAGACUUAAGGGGGUUUAUGAACCACAAGCUUCCACAGAGUGGAAUUUUUGUCUUUUGUUUAGUUAUAAGGAUUUAAUGAAGCGCUUGUAAACAAACUUAUGUAAGCUGUUGGCUGGAAAGUUAAAGGGUGGCUAUUAUGUAUUUCUCAGGCACAUUGUGCCAUUUUACAGCACAAUAAAUUAACUGUUACCUUAAGGUAAUAAAAAAAUGUUGUAUAUAUCAAAAAUUUUAAAGAAAAUAAUUUGUCUUGACAAAGCAAACU